AUGAGCUACACUUUGUCGCCGGGUGCCAUCCCCGAUGUUGAACCACAGGUCGAGGUUCCUGAUGAAUGGCGCCAAAAUCUCAGCGUCCGCAUGAUCUGCCCCGAUUGCAAGGAAGACCCUCCCAACCUCGUCGAAGAUCCUCAAGCUGCCGAUGUUAUCUGUGAAGACUGUGGCAUGGUUCUCUCGCAACGUGGAAUUGAUCAGCGUGCCGAAUGGCGCACCUUUGCAAACGACGACCAGGGCAAUGAUGAUCCUUCGCGUGUCGGUGAGGGUCCCAAUCUCUUGUUGAAUGGCAGUCAGCUACAAACCAACAUCGCCUUUGGUGAUGGCUCGCUGAGAAGCAAGGAGCUGCACCGUGCACAAAGUAAGGCCAACGCCGACAAGGGAAACAAGAAUCUGCUCCAGGCAUUCAAGCAAAUUGGUGCUUACUGUGACUCAUACGAUCUUCCUAACGUCGUUGCCGACGCUGCCAAGCACAUCUUCAAAGACGCAGAGGACUCGAAGAAUUUCAAAGGCAAGUCGACUGAAGCUAUCAUCGCCGGCUGCAUCUUUAUCGCAUGUCGCCGCAACAAAGUGCCUCGUACCUUCAGAGAAAUCUAUGAUAUGACCCACGUUUCCAAGAAGGAGAUCGGGAGAACGUUCAAGUUGCUUGAGUCUAUGCUGGCAAAGCAGGACAAACAAUCUGGAGGCAAGGCCAAGGUCAUUGGCAACGGUGUUGUCGGCAUUCACGAGGCUUACCAAGGGACUGUUACUACCAAUCCCGACGAACUCUGCAGUCGUUUCUGUGCUCAACUCGGCAUGGACUUUGCUACCACCGAAGUCGCUAAGAGCCUUGCUCUGGGUAUGGCCAGUAUCGGAGCUCUUGCUGGCCGCUCGCCCUUGUCUGGAGCUGCUGCUUGUAUCUACAUGGCAAGUCUGCUCAUGGAUCAAGUCCGAUCUCCCAAGGCCAUUGGAGAAGUUGCGAAAGUUAGUGACAGCACAAUCCGAAGCGCCUACAAGAGCCUGUACGCAGAAAAGGAGACUCUUCUCUCAUUGGAAAUUCUCAAGAGAGGCGCCGAUGUGGAAAAGCUCGUCAAGCCCACCAACUAA